AUGGCAACGCCUCUUGUCCAGGCCGCAUCCAGCGGAUUUCACGAUGCCGGCGCCUACGAUGCCCACCGCCCGUCGUACACGAACGAGGCUGUCACGGCAUUCAUCGGCCGCCUGAACAUUCUGGGCAGCACCGCCGGCGACGGCAAGCCGCUCAAGAUUGUCGAGAUCGGCGCCGGCACCGGCAAGUUCACCGAGAUCUUGUCGCGCCAAGCCGUCGCCAGCACCACGGCCUUGGACAUUGUCGCUGUCGAGCCCCAUGAACAGAUGCGCGCCCAGCUGUCCGCCAAGAGCCUGCCCCGCGUCACCGUCGUCAACGGACACGGCGCCAGCCUUGGCUCGGUCGCAGAUGGCACGGCCGAUGCCGUGAUCGUGGCACAGGCGUUUCACUGGUUCGCCAACUACGACGCACUCAAGGAGAUCCACCGCGUGCUGAAGCCCGGCGCCACUGUCGGUGUCAUCUGGAACAUUGAAGACUACAACAAGCCUGCCGCGUGGCCCGCCAAGGCCGCCUGGGAGCAGAGCCUCAACGACAUCAUCUGCUCCCUUGCCAGCGACGGCAGCCCGCGAUUUCGUGACGGCAAGUGGCAGCAGGCAUUUGACGACGCUGCCCGCUCCCAGGGAAAGGACAAGCCCGCCCUCUACAGUCCCCUCGCCGACGACCGCGUCUACUGGACCGUCAAGCUCGCGCCCGAGGCCCUGUGGAAGCGGCUGCUCACCCUCAGCCAGAUUGCGAACCUGCCCGAGACCGGCACCAACGAUGCGCACGAAGCGGCCGACAGCACGGCCCAGCCGACCUCGCGUGCGACGGUGCGCCGGCGGCUCGAUGCUGUGCUGGCGCGCGACGACGUGGCACGCGAUGCCAGCGGCGACGUGACGAUCCACGCACUGACCUUUUUUGCGUGGGCGCAGAAGAUUUAG